AUGGCGGCCGAGCCGUUGGGUAUAUCGCAGAUCGGGCUGGUGGCCCGGAGUCCGGAGGGACAUGCCGCUAAAGGAAUGGCCAUAAAGGGACACGAAGACCUCUGGGUCGAGAUACAGGCCCACACCUUCAGGAACUGGGUCAACGAGCAUCUUCGGGUUGUGGGGGCGGAGGUCCGCGAUCUGGCCGUGGACUUCGGCGACGGCACCCGGCUCUGCCUCCUUGUAGAGCAGCUCCAGAAGAAGAAGUUGAGGACCAACUGGAUACGGCGGCCGAUGAACCAGCACCACUGUCUGGAGAAUGUGAGUGCUGCUUUGACGGCCAUAGCAGAAGACGGAGUCAAGUUGGUCAACAUAGGUGAGUCAAAUGUCAAACCACUCCUGUGCUUUCACUGUUCUCCAAAUCUCGCACUUUCAAUUAGUUCAAGUGUCACUCUUGAAUAG